AUGGCCAAUUUAAGGGUUAAACCUACACGAAAUGGCACAGAAUUAGGUGUAACAUCGAUCAUGUUACGUGAUUUUCUUGAUGCAAUCAAAUUCAUUGAUUUGAAUAUGAAUAAUUGGCCUUCUCUCUAUCCGAGUGGCGUCGAACGUUGUGUCACUGAAGUAUCGUUAUUGUGUUGCAAGCAAAAUGAAGAAGAUACGAUUUACAUCGCUCAUUAUGCAGUUUAUAAUUCAUCCUUUGGGAUUGAAGUUGAUCGCUGUGUCAUGCAAUUAUCAAAACUUGAUCCAUUUACAAGAUCAAUGAUCAGUUAUAAAAUGACUGAUCCGUUUGAUCAUCCAUUUCUCGACUUUCUGCGUAAUCAUCUUUGGCGUUUACAUAAUCCAUUAGAGUGA